GACUAACCUUCUUUGUCUAUGAGACUAACCUUAAAUAUUUUGUUGACAGUUCUCUAUCAUUUAAAUUUGUUAUUUGUUGUGAUUUACAACUCGUUUUUAAAACUUUUUGUGUUUGUCGGAAUCCAUUAAAAUAAUUAUGGGUGAAAUCAAUAUUGAGCAGUCGCUCUUUUCAUCAAUGUAUAAAUAUCAUGGAAAAACCAAAGAAAUAAUACAAAGUGAGCGAAGAAAGGAAUUUAUAAAAAGACAUAAAGACAAAAAAAAUGCAAAUGCAGACUAUAACAGAUGUAUUUUGAAUGUACUAGAUGAACAAGAGCUUUGUAUGGAAAUAGAAGAGUCUCAAGAGACCAGAGAAUAUAGGCAACCAUUUAAAUAUAAAUUUAUGCUCUCAGAAUGGUUCCUUGAGCCACCUCCUGAUUUAAAAGAAAAUUGGUUGUUUAAGUUAUGUCCAGAAGGAAGCAGAAUCUUAGUGAUUGUUAAAAGAAACCGAACCAUUUGUGUGCAUAAGAAUGGUAAGACUUUUCUGAAGUUGAGCACAAGUUUUCCAGGGGGUACUAAAGAGUCGCAAAAUGGAUUGACUGUUUUUGAUUGUGUUUAUAAUAAAAACACAAAAACAAUUUUUAUUUUAGAUUGCUUGUGUUGGAAUUCCAUGUCAAUGUUGGAGCAUGAGGCUCACUUUAGGUUUUAUUGGUUAGAAAGCAAAUUUAAAGAAAACCCUGAAUUUUUAAAGGAAAUGUCGAAACACUAUUUUAAAUUAAUAGAUAUUGGGCAUGCUGAUAUAAAUCUAUUACAAGAAGACUUGAUGAAGCCAAUAGAAAUUAAUGGGACUAUAAUUCCAUAUGAUGGUGUUGUUUUUUAUUAUGGUCAUUCAGUUUACAAUUUUGGUUAUACUCCUCUAACCAUGUGGUUGCCUUCUUUUAUGUUGACCGAAAAAUUGGGUGUUCAAGUUGAUGUGGUACAUUUGAGUAAGAGGCCUCCAGAUUAUGUUUGUGCUGAGGAAUUUAUGAAAAGUUUGUGCAAAAAAAAAAUGAGAAAAUAUAAAGGAAAAAACAAAGAAGUGAUGGCCAUGGAGUCAACAGAUUGUUAAGUUUAGAAUAUUUAAGAAAAUGUUUUUUGUAUGUUAAAACGUUGUGUGUAUAUUUAUUUUAAUGUAAAUAAAACCAAUUUUUUAA